AUGGCCAAGAUCUCCACUUAGGGCAGUGGGAAUCUUCUUCGACUCUGGAAUACUGGGCAGGAGCUUUGCCAUUGGCUGGCCAAGAAGGAGGAGGCAGAAUGUCUGCAUUGUUACACCAUAGAGUUCAAACUUCAAAAGACUUUGGGUUAAACAGUAUUAUUUACUCUGCAAAUGAUUAUGUCUUUCCCUGUCCUCUCUGAUCAUCACAAACUAAUGAAACACCUUUCAGGUUUUAUGAAUUCAGGUUACACUGUUUCCCAGAUGCUCUGGCAGCUGAUUCAGGGCCUUUGAAAAAUGGAACCCAACUCUCUGAGGACUAAAGUCCCAGCUUUCUUGUCUGAUUUGGGGAAGGCCACAUUGAGGGGAAUCAGAAAGUGUCCCCGAUGCGGCACAUACAAUGGAACCCGGGGACUGAGCUGCAAGAACAAGACAUGUGGAACCAUAUUCCGCUAUGGUGCACGGAAGCAGCCUAGUGUUGAAGCUGUCAAAAUCAUCACGGGCUCCGAUCUACAGGUUUACUCAGUGCGGCAAAGAGACCGGGGCCCCGAUCACCGAUGCUUUGUGGAGCUAGGCGUGUCAGAGACGACAAUCCAGACUGUGGACGGGACAAUCAUCACUCAGCUGAGCUCGGGACGCUGUUAUGUCCCCUCAUGCCUGAAAGCUGCCACCCAGGGCGUGGUGGAAAAUCAGUGCCAGCACAUCAAGCUGGCAGUGAGCUGCCAGGCUGAGGCCACCCCUCUGACGCUGAAAAGCUCGGUCCUGAAUGCAAUGCAGGCCUCCCCAGAAACCAAGCAAACCAUCUGGCAGCUGGCCACGGAACCCACGGGUCCCCUUGUACAGAGGAUUACGAAAAACAUUCUGGUGGUGAAAUGCAAGGCGAGCCAGAAGCACAGUUUAGGGUAUUUGCAUACCUCCUUUGUGCAGAAAAUCAGUGCCAAAAGCUUGCCUGAGCGCCGUUUCUUCUGCUCCUGCCAGGCUCUGAAAUCGCACAAGUCGAAUGCCUCCAAGGAGGAGGUGACCCAGAGAUGUAUUCACUUCUUUGCUUGCAUCUGUGCCUUUGCCAGUGAUGAGACAUUGGCUCAGGAAUUCUCAGACUUCCUGAAUUUUGAUUCCAGCGGUCUUAAAGAGGUUAUUGUGCCCCAGUUAGGUUGCCAUUCAGAAUCGACGGUAACAGCUUGUGAGCCUACUGCCUCCAAGCCAAAGAAGAGGAAGAAGGAGGAAGUCCCUGACAUGUUACCAAACACUGUAAUGAUUUGUGGUUUAGGGGCACAGAUGAACAGUUCACUACUGCCGCAAGAUGCAGUGAGCAGUCAUCUAAGGAAAAGUGGCCUGAAAAAACCUGUGGUUGCUUCUUCACUAAAAAGGCAAGCUUGUGGUCAGCUGUUAGAUGAGGCACAAGUGACCUUAUCCUUCCAAGACUGGCUGGCCAGUGUCACGGAACGCAUCCAUCAAACCAUGCACUAUCAGUUUGAUGGCAAACCAGAGCCACUGGUGUUCCACAUUCCGCAGUCCUUUUUCGAUGCCCUGCAACAAAGAAUAUCUAUAGGAAGUGCGAAGAAACGGCUUCCCAACUCCACCACAGCUUUUGUUCGGAAAGAUGCCUUGCCACUGGGAACCUUUUCCAAGUAUACCUGGCAUAUCACUAAUAUCCUGCAAGUUAAACAAAUCUUAGAUACCCCAGAGAUGCCCUUGGAAAUCACUCGGAGUUUUAUACAGAACCGGGAUGGGACUUACGAGCUGUUUAAAUGCCCUAAAGUGGAAGUAGAGAGCAUAGCAGAAACCUAUGGUCGUAUAGAAAAGCAACCCGUGCUGCGACCCUUGGAACUAAAAACUUUUCUCAAAGUUGGCAACACUUCCCCAGAUCAAAAGGAGCCAACACCUUUCAUCAUUGAGUGGAUCCCAGAUAUCCUUCCCCAAUCCAAGAUUGGCGAGCUGCGGAUCAAGUUUGAGUAUGGCCACCACCGAAAUGGGCAUGUUGCAGAGUACCAAGACCAACGGCCACCACUGGACCAGCCCUUGGAACUGGCCCCUCUAACCACCAUCACUUUCCCUUGAGGCAAAACAAAACAGUCUUUUGCUGCUAAUUUGCACAUCCCCACCCCUUGACAAUUUUAAGUACUAGUUAGGCAUUUAGAUGGCCCUGUUCCUUAGUGAACUCUCUUAGCUAAGAUGCAAUUUCUCAGCGCAUUCGAGUGGAUUCUAUUGCAGAAAAUCUUCUUGUAAAUGGCCUUUUUGGUGCUGCUGUGUAUAGUCUUCUUUAUAAAUUGGGUGAUAUUUCUGGCUUGAAUUUUUAAAGGAACAAAAAGGAAACCAACUCACUUUCCUUCUUAACAACUCCCAUUUAGAGUUUGUUUCAACCUUUUUCUAAUUCUCUAAGAAGUUAGCAGCACUCUGCCUUACACCAGCAGUGCUGGAGAGUUAACAACACCAUGGUUAGGGCAGAAUGUUAAGGACCAUCCUGACAGAGUUCCAGUCAUGUCCUUUUAUCCUGUUCUCAAAUAAAGCACAGUGUCACUAGUUUUUCCAGAGUAUUUCUCAUGUUGGCCUGAUUAUAAAAUUACAAACCUUUGGGAAGAUUUAAGUAAUAGUGAAAUAGGAAAAAGAGGUCCAUAUGUCAAGGCAAUAUCGACAUUUCAAACUAAUGCUUCUAAUUGCUUAUUUCAUUGAUAUUUCGUUCCUUCUUUAUUCUCGAAAAAGUUUAAUAGCUAGUAAGGCUGAAUUCCUGUUGCUGAGUUCAUUGAUCACAGAAUGGAGAUAUUGAAAGACAGAAGUGGAAACCUAUCUUCAGGGAGAAAAGAAAGGAAUGAACAUUUCCUAUAGGCCUACUAUGUAUCAGGCACUCUCAUUUACAUUCCCAGUUUUCUCAUUUAGUCCUCAUUAUUCUUUGAAUUUAGUCAUUACCCUUCUUUUAAGUUAAAGAGACAGCCUCUCUGAGGUUAUCUUGCUGGAAACAGCAUUAAAAAUAUAAUGUUUCAUUUUA